AUGGGGCGAGGGGCGGCAGCUGGGGCCCUGCUGGCGGCACUGGUGGUGCUGGGAGCCCCCCCGGCUGCGGGCGCCCAGGUCUCGGGGGUGUUUCAGGAGCAGAUAACAUCGGAGUGUCACUUCAUUAACGGCACGGAGAAGAUGCGGUACGUGGAGAGGUUCCUCUACAACCGGAUGCAGUUCGCGAUGUUCGACAGCGACGUGGGGCACUACGUAGGGUUCACCCCCUAUGGGGAGAAGGCGGCUAAGUCCUGGAACAGCGACUCGGCUAAACUGGAGUACAAAAGGGCUCAGGUGGACAGGUACUGGCGGAACAACUACGAGGUGGCCACCCCGUUCCUCCUGGGGCGCCGAGGUGAGCUCGGGGCAGAGCGUGUCCCCUUGGGGCCUGCCCUGUCAAUGACCCCGGAACACCACAAAACCUCCCUGGACAUCGACCCAGAGCCCUCAGCGCUCCUUGAACACAUCUUCGGAACCUCCUGACCCACCCGUUGACCUUUGUGUCUCGCCCAGUCCAUCCCAGUUCCUCCCAGUGCCUCCCCGCGCCUCCAGC